UUGAAAGAACAUUCAAGAUGGCGGAAGGUGGGCCACCCGAGCUCGAGACACAAAAAACGGAAAUAAGUGAACUUCUUAAAACUUCCUUAAAAAAAGGCGACACAUGGUAUCUUGUAGACAGUAGAUGGUUCAAACAAUGGAAAAAAUAUGUUGGAUAUGACAGUUGGGAUAUGUAUGGCAUGGGUGAGCAGUCGUCAUACCCUGGUCCCAUUGAUAAUUCAGGCUUGUUUAAAGAACCUGCUGGAGUGAACGUUUUAAAAGAACAUUUAAUAGAUGAAUUAGAUUACAUAUUAGUUCCGACUGAAGCCUGGAACAAGUUACAGUCUUGGUAUGGAAUCUCUGAAGGCCAAGAACCGAUAGCUAGAAAAGUCAUUGAAAAUGGCAUGUUUGUCAAACAUUGUAAAGUUGAAGUUUACUUGAUGGAGUUGAAAUUAACUGAAAACAGUCAACUUGAUAAAAGUGUUUCCAAACAGUUUAGCAAAGCAGACACGAUAGAAACAAUAGAGAAAGAGAUGAGGAAACUGUUUAACAUAAGUGCAGACAAGGAAACAAGGUUGUGGAAUAAGUACAUGAGUAAUACGUAUGAACAUCUUAGUAAAAAGGAUAAUACAAUCCAGGAUGCUAAUCUUUAUCAGGGGCAGAUGUUAGUUAUAGAACAGAAAAAUGAAGAUGGUACGUGGCCAAGACAAGCAAAGUCUACAAACGCUUACACUUCAACAAAUCACUCGUCAAGUAGUAGCAGUAGUACUAAUGCAGAGAAUAGUAUGUAUACUUCAUCUGCUACAACAACGAGAAGUGCAAGUAGUUCAUAUGGCGGCUCAUAUUCUGGUGGAUAUGGGUAUGGUUACCAUGGUUAUGGAUCAACUAGUUCCAGUGGUACACAGCCAGGCUUAUGUGGUCUGAGUAAUUUAGGAAAUACAUGUUUUAUGAAUUCAGCUAUCCAGUGUAUGAGCAAUGUACCGCCGCUGACAUACUACUUUUUAACAAAUCAAUAUAUGGACGAGUUGAAUUAUGAAAAUCCACUUGGCAUGAAAGGAGAAAUUGCCAAAGCAUAUGCGGAUCUGAUUAAACAAAUGUGGUCUGGCAAAUAUAACUACACCAUGCCCAGGCAGUUUAAGAUGCAGGUUGGCAGGUUUGCUCCUCAAUUUUCUGGAUACCAACAGCAAGAUUCGCAAGAGCUUUUGGCUUUUCUUAUUGAUGGAUUACAUGAAGAUUUAAACAGGAUAAAGAAAAAGCCAUACAUUGAAAUAAAAGAUGAUGAUGGCAGGCCUGAUGAAGUUGUAGCUAAGGAAUCGUGGGGCAACCAUCUGAAAAGAAACCAUUCUAUUAUAGUAGAUCAGUUCCAUGGACUAUUCAAAUCUACGUUGGUAUGUCCCGAGUGUGACAAAGUCUCUGUGACCUUUGACCCAUUCUGCUUUCUUAGCUUGCCACUACCUCUGCGGAAGGAGAGGAGUCUUGAAGUGUUUCUUAUACGUGACGAGCCCACGCAGAAACCAAUACAGAUGAAGGUGAUAGUUCCUAAGAUGGGGUCUGUUAGUGAUAUAUGUGAUGCUGUGUCAAAAAUCGUAGAAAUACCAACAGGAAAUAUGGUUGUUACAGAUGUGUAUAAUCAUCGAUUUCAUAAAGUUUUCGGAAGAGAUGAAGCUCUUACGCACAUUCUAGAUAGAGAUGAUAUAUUUGUGUAUGAAGUGACGGGUGCUGAUGAUGCGUCAACUGCUGUGCUGCCUGUCUACAUGAGAGAGAAAAAACAUCGUCAAUCUAAUUACAAUUACAACUCUGUUAGUUCUACCUUAUUUGGACAGCCAUUACUCAUAGCAGUUCCCAGGAAGAGUACAACGUAUCAAACGCUGUAUGAAAUUGUACUACACAGGAUGUCGCGAUAUGUAGAAAUACCUGACAAUGAAGAUUGGUGUGAGGAUGACACUGAUCAGACAGAUAACAUAGAAAAUGGAGAGGUUGAAAUGAGUGGGGAUGAAGAUGACGCCCAAACGGAGGAUAGUAAUAACUCUGGUGGUGACAAUAUCAAUGAGAAUUCUAAAGAAGAUCAGAUUUGUAAGCAAACCAACAAAAAUGAAAAGAAAACUGAAGAGGAUGAGAAGAAAAAGAGGAGGAGACGAUUAUUCACAUUUACACUGGUGAAUGCCUAUGGCAGUGCUGAUUUAGCCAAGCUGAAAGAUGACGAUGUGCCGUUAAAAUUUACAGCCCGCACAUACCUUGCUGUGGAUUGGAAUAUGAAAGCCAAAGAGAAGUUUUAUGAUGAAAAAAGUGCAGAGGAAUAUGAUGUUCAUGAUAGCGUGAAUACAAGGCCACCCAAGAAAACAAGUGUUAAAUUAAGUGACUGCAUUGAUCUUUUUCUCAAGCGAGAAAGACUUGGAGUUGAUGAUCCAUGGUAUUGUCCAUCCUGUAAAGAACAUAGACGAGCAACUAAAAAAUUUGAUCUGUGGAAACUACCCAAGAUUCUUGUUAUUCUUAAGAGAUUCUCAUACAAUCGAUAUUGGAGAGAUAAACUGGACACUUUGGUGUCUUUCCCAACUCGAGAUCUUGAUAUGAAGGAUUAUUUGGUCAACCAUGGCAUUGAUUUGGAUUCCACGUUGUACGAUUUAAUAGCAGUAUCCAACCACUAUGGUGGUAUGGGUGGUGGGCAUUACACAGCAUAUGCCAAGAGUAAAGACGAUGAGCAAUGGUAUAGUUUUGAUGAUAGCAGCGUGUCUAGUGUUGGCGAAGAUGACGUUGGGUCCAAGGCUGCUUAUGUACUGUUUUACAUGCGUCGUGAUCCUGAUGACCAGAUUUAUUCACCGACCCGACGUAACAUGAAAGAAAGACCAGCAGAAGACUUGGAGGAAAGCACCUCAAUGAGUGAAGAUGACUACUCAAUGGACACAAACUAAACUGGAAUUGAUUAACAAUUAAUUGCAUUUCUUCUGAUGUAGUUAUCUGUAUACAGCAUCACAUGAUACUCCAAUGUAUUGUACAGAUCUCCUAUUAUGCUGAUUGCACAAUUAUUUAUUAACUGAGAUGUCUUGAAAAUAAGAGUCCUGAGAGUAUGUCUCAAUUGUGAACUGUGAUACAUGUGGUAUAUGUGAAGAUGGUGCGUCACUUGCACAAGGAAUUUUUAUAUUAAUGAUGUGUCUAAAAUGGAAGUUACAAAAAUACACCUUAAAAGCUCUACUAAACGAGAGACGUCCACAUCAAUAGUAUAAUGGGUUUGAAGGGUAAUAACACUAGUAAACAUAGCUAUAUAACUGAACCAUAACUUUGUAUAUUAUCAGAUCCAAUAUAAUUUCAAUAACCAGUUCUAAAAUAAAGAAUGAUGCAUGGCCAAUAAAACAAAACAAAAAAUUGUUGACACUACUGUGAUUUAUUUCAGAUUCUGGCAUCCAAAAUUGAAAUAAACUUUUGGUUUUUUUUUUUUUAUUAAGUGUGUAAUAUUGCUGUAUAAAACUUUUCAAGCUGAAAGUAAAAUUAAAAUUUAUUUAGAUGACCCAGCAAGCAAGCAACCAAACUAACUGUAUUACCACAGAUCAAUCAAACACAACACUGAUAUCAUGGAUUGUGCUCAAUAUAUGUAUAUGCUCUGGGCGGAGCUACGUCACAAGAUGUUCCACGUUGCUAAAAUGCGCACCAAUGUUCCACGCAUUUCUAUGGACUCUGAGCGCGCUGCUGAGGAACGCCAAGCGAAGAGCCGGUGAAAAUUCGAAAAACAGGAUCUCAAUUUUGAAGUAAUCCUGAACAUUCAAAUUUACACGCAGGGGUAAUCUUGUUACACUGUUCAGUGGAGUCUCAACAACCAUCCCAAAGUACCAUUUCCUGGGAGUUUUCGGCCUUUUUUCACCGUGAUUGUUGCCAUGCGGGGAAAAUGCCUGGAUGUCCGCCCCCGAGAAUUCCAUUUUUUAACCCAUGUUCAGAAGUCCAAAAAGGGGACUUAAUUUCAUGUCUCUCUGUCCAUGUAUUAGUCCACAUUUCUAUCUCUGACAUGCCUGAACUGAUCAUGUCCAAACUUUACUCGUACACACAUACAUUUGUUUCCCAUUCUAAUUCAAGAUACUCAGAUAGCAUCUAUUUGAAAGCCAAAAAUGUAUUAAAAUUGAGUGUUUCUUCCAUUCUGUUCAAAUCCAACAUCUAAAACAAGCUACACAUCAGUCAAGUUCUGAUUCAAAAUGGCCGAAAGUUUUUAGUUGGUUUGAAGAGAACCAUCAUCUUAAUGUCCUGUUUUUUUAAAUUAAAUGUAUUUAUAUAUUCAGUAUAGCAGUGUUAAGAUUCCCAACUGUAAUUGAUCCUCAUUUUUCAGAUAAAUAUUUUCCCUUGCAUUGCAGGCAAUUGUUUAUGGUAGUUUUUUUUUUUCUACUGAUGUUACAAAGGGACAAAAAGCUUGUUUUAUAACUGUAAACCUCACAAUGUAUAGUGCACUCAUUGUGCAAUAGUCAUUUUAUGUUAAUGUACACAUAUGUGGCAUACUAGUAACAGUGAAAUGGAGAAAUGUCUAUUUUUGUUGCCUGUGUCAGUAUGAACACAGUGAAUCACUGAAAGAUUUCAUUGUAGUGUUUGAUUGUUCAACCAUCUUGUCUGUGAUGCAACACUUGUAAUUACUUCAUAUUCUGUAAAAACUUUGAUGCGUUGCUUUUGCUAUAGGGCACUUUAUAUAAACUCUAAUUCCAGCUAAA